AUGGAUCUUCCGAUUAAUAUUUUGGUUUAUCUGGCUUUGCCAGCCCUGUUAUCUUUUUCUUGGAUAAAGUAUCGAGGUCUGGAAUAUGUUUUGAUCCACUACCGAUGGGUUUUUGUGUGCCUGUUUCUCUUACCGGCAUCAGUUGUCUACGAUACCAUCAUUUUUGUCAGGAAUUGGGUGGUGUUCCACUUCAACUCGGCACCAAAGCAGCACGAAAAGAAAGUACAAAACGUGCAACGGCAGGUACGAAAGUGGAAGAAUGAGGGGAGCGUGGUUCCAAUGUGUACAGCCAGACCGGGGUGGUCUAAUAUUAGUUUCCGACGAGGACUCUACAAGAAGAGAUUACGGAAUAUCGAAGUGAAUUUACUGGAUAUUUUAUCGGUGGAUAUAGAGAAAGAAAUUUUACAUGUUGAACCUCUAGCUACUAUGGGACAGAUUACAGCGUUUUUAAAUCCUCUAGGAUGGACAUUACCAGUUUUACCUGAACUAGAUGAUCUUACUGUCGGAGGUUUGAUAAUGGGAGUAGGAAUUGAAACUUCCUCACAUAAAAAAGGUUUAUUUCAACAUUGUUGUACAGAGUUUGAGUUGGUUCUAGCAGACGGAAGUGUUGUCACCUGUUCUGAGACAGAGAAUACUGAUUUAUUUUACUCCGUUCCCUGGUCAUAUGGAACCCUGGGAUUCCUCGUGUCAGCAAAGAUGAAGAUCGUUCCUGCUAAGAAAUAUGUAAAGAUAGAAUACGCUCCAGUUCAUACGACAGACUCAAUGAUUGAGAAGUUUGAAUCAGAAUGUAUGAAAAAGGAGGGAAACCAGUUUGUUGAAUGUCUGGUUUAUUCUAAAAAUGAAGGCGUUGUCAUGACAGCUAAUAUGACAGAUGAGGCAGAAGAAGACAAGAUAAACCGUAUAGGGUACUAUUAUAAACCGUGGUUUUUUAAACACGUAGAAGGAUUUUUAAAAUCGGGACCUAGAAUAGAAUAUAUACCACUACGCCAUUAUUAUCAUAGACAUACACGCAGUAUCUUCUGGGAAUUACAGGAUAUCAUACCGUUCGGAAACAAUCCAAUAUUCCGAUACCUGUGUGGGUGGAUGGUUCCACCAAAAAUAUCUUUUCUGAAACUCACUCAAGGGGAGACAAUCAAACAGAUGUAUGAAAAAUACCAGAUUAUCCAGGACAUGCUGAUUCCAAUGAAAAAUCUCAAAGAAUCUUUAGACGUUUUUCACAAAGAGACCGAGGUCUAUCCACUGUGGUUAUGUCCCUUUAUGUUGUAUGAUCAACCAGGUAUGGUUCAUCCUGCUGGUGGUCGAGAUGAGAUGUAUGUAGAUAUAGGAGCUUACGGACCCCCUAUAGCUAAAGGUUAUGAAACUGUAACCACGACUAGAAAACUAGAGGCUUUCGUCACCAAAGUAAAAGGGUUUCAAAUGUUGUAUGCUGAUUCCUAUCUAACAAGAGAAGAAUUCUAUGAUAUGUUUGAUCAUACUCUAUAUAAUAAGAUGAGACGAGAGUUAGAUUGUAAGGCUGCGUUUCCCGAGGUUUAUGAUAAGGUUAACCGUAAAGUUAGAUCUUAA